UUAUGUUUUAUGAAAAACUUUUUGUAUUUUUGGGUUUUAAAAAAGUUGCACUCAUUGAAUAGCAGAAACAGAAAAAGAUGUAAUUAUCACUUCAUGCAAAAGAUUUUAUUAUAAAAUGUUUAGAAGUUGAUUUAAAUAAAAGAUUAUCAGCUAAUUAAUUGUUUGAGCAUCCUUUAUAUAAUGAAAGACUAAGAUAACUGUAAAUAAGUGGAUCUUUCAUAUUACAAGAGGCCAAAAAUUAUAUUAAUAAUAUAUUAAUAAUAGUAAAAAGAGAACGAAUGGAAGAGAAAACUAAAUCCAAUACAAUUGAAAGAAACUCUAAUAAUAAUUAUUUCAAUCCACCUGCAAAACCUAAUAUUUCCUAUAAAACCUUAUUAAAUACUUUUUAUAAAAUGAUUUAAUACUAUAGAAUAUGUUUUAUUUACCAAAACUCAUUCUUAUAGUAGCAAACCAAAUAUAUCUUCCUGAUUUUAAAGGAUUGUUCGUAAGAAAAAUUACUCUAUUUUAUAUUAAGCAUGUGUUAUUUAAUACUAUAAAAUUAAUGA